CUUUCACCAAUUUACCUUGACGGAUUGUACAGAUUUGGCGAUCCAGAACAAUUGGUACUGUUUACAUCAUGGCGGUCCCUGAUCACGAGAAGGAGCGGAAGGAGUCCAGCAGCGAUUCCCUCAGCGGCAACACCGAAAUCGAGAACACUUCCGUUAAUCCUAAGGCUUCUGGUGCCGUUCCAGAAAACGUGGAUGCCGACCAGCUUCGAGCAAACAUCAAUGCAAAAAUUGCGAACCCCUUGUCUGGCUUCACUCGUGCUCAACUAGCCCAGAAGGGAGAAGAAUAUGUUAGGACCAAUAAUGUUGGCAAUGAGGAAGAUAUUCGGGCCUUUAGACUGGGCGCAAUUCUUGCUCAGGAUCCCAAUCGGCACGCCGAGGUUGACGGACUUACAACGGAGGAAAGUGAGGUCUUAAGCAAGGAAAUUGCCAAGAAAUGGUCUCAACCUCGACUCCUCUAUCUUGUGAUCGUUCUCUGUUCAACUUGUGCAGCUGUGCAAGGCAUGGACGAGACUGUUGUAAACGGGGGACAAAUAUUUUACUCGCAACAAUUUGGAAUCUCUGACAAGAAUAGCUCAAGAGACUCGUGGCUCGUAGGGUUGGUCAACUCAGCACCUUAUCUUUGCUGCGCAUUCAUUGGCUGCUGGUUGACGGUUCCCUUCAAUAACUGGUUUGGCCGCCGAGGAACGAUUUUCCUCACUUGUAGUUUCUCUGCUCUGGCUUGUAUCUGGCAGGCUUUCACUGGCUCGUGGUGGCAUAUGUUUAUUGCCAGGUUCGCACUAGGCUUCGGAAUAGGACCAAAAUCUGCUACUGUGCCCAUCUAUGCGGCUGAAUGCUCCCCUCCUCAGAUCCGAGGUGCUUUGGUGAUGCAGUGGCAAAUGUGGACUGCCUUUGGAAUCUUUGUCGGCUAUGCAUCUGAUCUCGUAUUCUAUCAUGUCCCAGACCAGCAUGGAAUCACUGGCCUGAACUGGAGACUCAUGCUGGGAUCCGCUUGCCUGCCCGCAAUAAUUGUGGUCUGUUUCGUUUUCCUUUGUCCUGAGUCACCUCGUUGGUAUAUGAGCAAAGGUCGACACGAAAAGGCAUAUCGGAGUAUGUGUAAGCUUCGGUAUAACAAGGUGCAAGCUGCUCGCGAUAUAUUCUACAUGCAUACCCUUCUCGAAGCUGAAAACCAAAGCAUGAUCCUGGGCAAAAGUAAGAUUGCGGAACUAGUGACGGUACCUAGAAAUCGUCGCGCAAUGCAAGCAUCCGAACUCGUUAUGUUUAUGCAACAGUUCUGUGGCGUCAACGUAAUUGCCUAUUACUCAAGCGAGAUAUUCCUUGAGGCGAACCUUUCCGAGAUAAGUGCUCUUGGUGCUUCUCUAGGUUGGGGCGUAAUCAAUUUCCUCUUCGCCAUCCCAGCUGUAUAUACCAUCGACACUUUUGGCCGUCGCAAUCUGCUCCUAACCACUUUCCCUCUCAUGUCUCUGUGCUUGUUCUUUACUGGAUUCAGCUUCUGGAUUCCCAGUUCCUCCGAGGCUCGGAUUGCCUGCGUCGCUCUUGGCCUGUACCUCUUUGGCAUUGUUUACUCGCCCGGAGAAGGACCCGUUCCAUUUACUUACUCUGCAGAGGCGUACCCCCUAUACAUUCGUCCCCUUGGGAUGAGUCUUGCUACAGCAACAACUUGGUUCUUCAACUUCGUUUUGAGUGUGACUUGGCCAAGUUUGCUGAAAGCAUUCAAGCCACAAGGUGCAUUCGCCUGGUACGCAGUCUGGAAUAUCAUUGGAUUCUUUGGUGUCCUCUUUUUCGUCCCCGAGACCAAAGGCAAGACGCUGGAAGAGCUGGAUCAGGUCUUCGGAGUUCGAUCGCGUGACCAUGCCGCAUACGGAUUAAGACAGCUCCAGUACUUUUUCAAAAGAUACAUCUUUAGGCAAGACAUUGAGCCAGAGCAGCUUUAUGAAAAAGAUAAGGUCGAGCAUCAUCCCGACAGCUUCACACAGGAACAAGUGGCGGAUCAGACGACGAGAGUCUAAGAAUAGAGAGUUGUCGAUGGAUCUUCGGUACAAAGACAUUCUGUCACUGUUGCCUGAACAUGAUGGAAUUGUGUUUGCGAUUCCCGGAAAAUUGUAAUAUGGAAGCUUUUGUAAGAUUAUAAUUAUGGACAUCUAAUAUGGGUCAUUAUACGCGUCAGUCCUUUCACAUUCACGACCACGGUCCAAGUGGAGAUGUUGAUGUAAUUUUCUUGGUGUUACCUCGUCUGAAG